AUGCGUUUCAACCUCCUGAUGUUGGCGUCCCUCGCGGCAAGCACCGCCGCUGCCCUCCCCUCACCCGACGCCCUGGACCAAGAAUUCAUGCCAGUCCUCCGCCUGGAAGACUUCGAAGGCGGCGCCAACACCACCUCCACAACCAACGUCACCGACACCGACCUCGCCGGGCGCACCAAUAUCGAGAUCUGCCAAGCCUACGUCACCACAACCUACUUCUGCGUGCUACUCGGGACGCAGGCCAUCAACCUGGUCUCCAGUAGCAUCGGGUCGGCUAUCAAGCAUCUGUCCAACGACAACGACUGCGGCCGUCACUCUGGCACGUCGGACGGCAUUAAGUGGAUCUACCACGCUACUGGCCGGAACUGCGACACCACUGCUGAGUUGGUGACUAUCGAAUCGGCAAUUCGGCAUGGGCUGUCGGCGUUUUAUAAUGAUAAGCUGUGCAAGACUGUGUGCUGGAGGAUGACGCACGGGGGUACUUGGGCUGGGUAUAUGAAGUUGGGUCCUGAGGAUGGGUUCGAGAAUGGUAAGGCUUGUGGACCGGGUGUGUCGUAUACGGAGUGUGAGAUUGGAGGUAGCUUGAUUUAUUAG